AUGAAGAAGGAAACCAACAUGAAGAAUCAACAUCAACUACAGAUGAAGAGACAGACCCAGAGAGCAGAGAUCAGAGGAAGAGAAGAGACAGAAGUCAUGUCAAAAGUGUGGCCAGCUAUCACAAGUCAGAAGUUAUCCCCCAGCAUUGGAUGACUGAAGAGGAGUAUCUCUGCAUCCAGCAGAGGAACUUCAGAAUGGAAGAGGAAGAACCGGAACGUCCACAGACCAAUGAGCUGGAGGAACAAGAACCCACACAAAUUGAAGAGGAACUACAGGAACCAGAACCACCACAGAUUAAGGAUGAACCAGGGGAACUCUGCAUCAGUCAGAAUGAAGAUCAGCUUGAUCUGAAGCAGGAGACUGAUACCUUGAUGGAGAUUCCUACUUAUGUGGAAGAUGAGAACAGUGAAGCAGAUCCAAACAACCAGCAGAGCUUUAAUGUUAAUGAUAGUCAGGAUGAAGAAAGAAACCAACAAGAAGAAUCAACAUCAACUACAGAUGAAGAGACAGACCCACAGAACAGAGAUCAGAGGAAGAGAAGAGACAGAAGUCAUGUCCAAAGUGUGGACAGCUCUAACAUGCCAGAAAGUGAGUGUGACUCUGAUGGUAGUAGAAAGGAUGAAUUUGUUAAGAAACGCAAAGAAUCUUCAAAACAGAAAAGACUUUCCUCUUUCAAGUCUGGCAAAAACUCAAGAAUAGCUAACGAACCAUUUAAGGUAAGAUAUCAUAAAGGACAAAAGAGAUUUUCAUGUGAAGAAUGUGAUGGAAGUUUUAAUUGUAUAUUUCAUCUCAAAAUACACAUGAGAACUCACACAGGAGAAAAGCCCUUUUCUUGUAAAGAAUGUGAUAAAAGUUUUAGUAAUGUAUCUGAUCUCCAAAAACACAAAAGAAUUCAUACAGGAGAAAAGCCGUUUUCCUGCAAAGAAUGUGCUAAAAGUUUUAGUAAUAUAUCAAAUCACAAAAGACACAUGAGAACUCACACAGGAGAGAAGCCUUUUUCUUGUAAAGAAUGUAAUAAAGGUUUAAGUGAUUCAUCUAGUCUCAAAAAACACAUGAGAACUCACACAGGGGAGAAGCCUUUUUCUUGUAAAGAAUGUAAUAAAGGUUUUAGUGAUUCAUCUAGUCUCAAAAAACACAUGAGAACUCACACAGGGGAGAAGCCUUUUUCUUGUAAGGAAUGUGAUGCAAGUUUUAGUCACAGGUCUAGUCUCAAAACACACAUGAGAACUCACACAGGAGAAAAGCCUUUUUCUUGUAAAGAAUGUGACAAAAGCUUUAGUCAAUCAUCUAAUCUCCAAAGACACAUGAGAACUCAUACAGGAGAAAAUCCUUUUAUCAAAGGAUUUAUUAAAAACUCUAAACUCAGAAAAACUUAGAACAGAGAACAUGUGCAGUAAAAACACAGGGUUUACAUGAGAUUAGAGAAAGAUUUGGAAAAAGUACACAUUUUCUUUCAUAAAGAACGAAACUAGUAUUUUAUUGGAAAUUUUUAUUUAGAUUUAAAUAUUUUUAACCUUGGUUUUAUGUUGCCAUAAACGUAUGGGAUACACCGCUUAUGUACCUUCUUUAAAAGCCCAAAGUACUUAACAGUCAGUCCCAUUCACCCCCACACAAACCCAUACACACACUGAUGGCAGCUGUGCUGUCUCACACUGGCACCAACCUAUAACCACCAGCAUUAAUGAGGGGUUAUGUUUUGUCCAAUGACACAUUGACACAUGGACGGGCAAAGCGGUAAUUCAACCUGUGAUCUUCUUAUCAGUACCUCUGCAGCACAGCCAAUCACUUUGGUUGCUGUAUUUCAGAAAAAUUUGAACAUUUUAAUUUAUUUUUAUGUUUUAGUUAAUUUUAAGUUUUUAUAUUUAAAAGUAAUGGGAUCAAACCCUAAUGAGCUCAUGAACUCCAAAGCAGCCUGAGCUUUCAUUACAUGAACACAGAGCCACAGACUGUUGGCCUCCAUAACACAUUGAUGCAGUCAUUCAAAUAAAAAGCGACAGAAGUUAGUAUCAAACACAUAACAAUGAACAGUUUUCUAAAAUCUGACAUGAGCUGAAAACAUCCCUUCUUAAUGGGUUUGAUACAUGAUUUUUUUACGACAGUUUUUUAUUUAAUAUUCUUUAAGCAACAAUUGUCAAAACCAAAAAAAAAGAACCAAUAUAUUUAUAUCAAUGUGUAAAGAUAGUGGACAAUAUGAGUUUUACUGCUUUCAUGGACAAAAAUGGAAAAGUUUUCCGCAAAAUGAAUUCUUUGAGAUGUACCUGUUAAUAGAAAUGUGUUGUUUUGUAUUAUUAGAGUGAAAUCGUGAACGGAUUCAAUGUGGUUGUAGUUUGCUGAGAUGAGUAGUAUGUCGUUCAUGUGUGUGUUACCAUGACAACACUAGAAAGAUUUUGGAGACGUCUUUAAUUCUGACACUUUUUGUGUGAUCGGUGAACAUUUGAUCAUUAUUUUAAAAUAAAAGUAGUGACUGCAGUUUAUAUUUUUUUAGACCAAGUUAAGUGAGGAAAAGAUUUCCUAAAAAUAAAUGAAGGUAGAGGCGGAUAAUGAAUCUGACUGGUGUUUCUGUCUGGUGUUGUUGUGAUUCGUGUUUUCUAGUAGACAUUAGAACUGUUUAUCUGUUCUUUGUAGUUCUCAGUGUUCUGUCCCAAUCUUAUCUGUGAAGAAUAAAGUGGACGUGAACAUCA